AUGGGGCGGGGCAAGAUAGUGAUCCGGCGGAUCGACAACUCCACGAGCCGGCAGGUGACGUUCUCGAAGCGGAGGAACGGGAUCUUCAAGAAGGCCAAGGAGCUGGGUAUUCUCUGCGAUGCCGAGGUCGGUCUCGUCAUCUUCUCCAGCACCGGCCGCCUCUAUGAGUACGCCAGCUCCAGCAUGAAGUCAGUGAUAGAUCGAUAUGGACGAGCCAAGGAGGAGCAGCAACUUGUUGCAAACCCCAACUCGGAGCUUAAGUUCUGGCAAAGGGAGGCAGCAAGCUUGAGACAACAACUGCACAACUUGCAAGAAAAUCAUCGGCAGUUGACGGGACAAGAUCUUUCUGGAAUGGGUGUCAAGGAACUGCAGACUCUAGAAAAUCAACUGGAAAUAAGCCUGCGUUGCAUCCGGACAAAAAAGGACCAAAUCUUGAUUGAUGAGAUUCAUGAACUGAAUCACAAGGGGAGUCUUGUCCACCAAGAAAACAUGGAAUUAUACAGAAAGAUUAACCUAAUUCGUCAAGAAAAUGCUGAGUUACAAAAAAAGCUCUCUGAGACGGAGGCAGCGACUGAAGUUAACCGAGAUUCAAGAACUCCAUACAAUUUUGCAGUUGUUGAAGAUGCCAAUGUUUCUGUUGAUCUUGAACUCAAUUCACCGCAGCAACAAAAUGAUGUUGAGCAUACUGCGCCCCCUAAACUAGGAUUGCAACUACAUCCAUGA